AUGACAAUACACCAAAGAGCACCGUAUAGACGAAUAUCGGAUUUAGAAAUCGAAGUUAUUACUGGUCUUUACAAUCAAGGUAUUAAACAUUCCAAAAAUAUUGUUCAAAAACUGAUUACAGUGAAUUACGGAGAGAUAACUGACCAUUAUGUUGCGUCAACAGCCACCAGCCGAGGCAGAAGAGUAAAUGAUGUUUUGGAAAAAGCUGGAAAAAAGGUCAGUGCAGCACGUUUAUCGGAUCCACAAUGUUUAAUACAGCAACGUGGUGAUGCACUUGAUUGUGUGUUGCUUCAUCGAAUAAGCAGUGAUCCAUUGCCAAAUCCAACACCACCGUUAGCACAGUCUACCACGAAUUUCGAAUCGGUCGAUGACGAUUGUUUACUAUCAAUACCAUCUUUUAUGUCGAAUUUUCGCGAUGAACCUCCACCAUCAUUACCAUUUAAAUACGAAGAUUUGGAACCAACAUCAGUACAUGCACAAUACGAUGAUAUAAUUGUUGAAACAUUGAAAGUAAUAACAACAUUGCCAUUAAGAACAAAGAAAGGUAUUGACACGAACACAUUAUCAGCAGGAAUAAAACUUGCACCAUUACCGAAAACGAAAUUUUCACCACCAACAACCGCUCCAUCAUUAUCUCUCGAACGAGUUGAACAAAGUACAAUAAUACGACCACGAACAAAUUUGAAUCAUUCUCAAACAACACGUAUUCCAAAAAAAGGUCCUCAAAAACGUACAAUAGAAAUAACCGAUAUUGAUGACAAAUAUGAAAUUGAAAAUGUAUCUCCUCCCUCCAAAAAACGCCGAUUGCCUCCAUCGCUUCGUGUGAAUUCUCUUAUUUCUCGUAUUGAAGAUGUUCUCAAGCCGUUCGAAUCAUACGCCGAACAAAAUAUAAUUCCAUUCAUAGACAUAGCCGAUGAGGACGAUACAAAUAAUAACGAACGAAAUUUAACGUUUUCGUUUUUUUGCUUAGGACUGACCGUGGAGUAA